AUGGUGCAUUUUACUGCCGAGGAGAAGGCUGCUAUCACUGGCCUGUGGGCCAAAGUCAAUGUGGAAGAGGCUGGUGGCGAGGCUCUGGGCAGGCUCCUGAUUGUCUACCCAUGGACCCAGAGGUUCUUUGACAGUUUUGGUAACUUAUACUCUGAGUCUGCCAUAAUGGGCAACCCCAAGGUCAAGGCCCAUGGCAGGAAGGUGCUGAACUCCUUUGGAGAUGCCAUUAAGCACAUGGAUGACCUCAAGGGCACCUUUGCAGAUCUAAGCGAGCUGCACUGUGACAAGUUGCACGUGGAUCCCGAGAACUUCUGGCUCCUGGGCAACAUACUGGUGAUUACACUGGCUCGAUACUUUGGCAAAGAAUUCACCCCAAAGUUGCAGGCUGCCUGUCAGAAGGUGGUGGCUGUUGUGGCUAAUGCCCUCGCCCACAAAUACCAUUGA